AAAAACUGCACCAAUUAAACAAUUCAAUCAAACCCAUCAAAGAAAAAUGGAUUUCUCACUCUCCACUUUCAACUUUUUUUUCUUGUAAAUAGUAAAUUCCAUGAAUCCUCCAAAACAAAACGAUCCAUUAACCAUUUCUCAGAAGACACACAGUUCUUCUUUCUAAUUCAUUCGAUUGAAGAUGAAGAUGAAGAUGAAUAUGAAGAUGAAGAUGGUUUUUAGUGUAGCUUCCAUUAUUCUGAUUUCAAUGGCGGAUUCUAGAGCUUGUAAUUUUCCGGCCAUUUAUAAUUUCGGCGAUUCCAAUUCCGAUACCGGUGGAAUCUCCGCCGCGUUUUACCCAACCAUAUUGCCCUGCGGUCAGACGUUCUUCCACAAAACCGCCGGUCGGGGUUGCGACGGCCGCCUCAUCAUCGAUUUCAUUGCUAAGCAACUAGAGUUACCGUAUUUAAGUGCGUACCUCAAUUCUAUUGGAACAAAUUUUCGACAUGGUGCAAAUUUUGCAACCGGUGGUUCCACAAUUCGACGUCAGAACGAAUCAGUAUUUGAGAAUGGAAUUAGUCCGUUUUCACUUGAUAUUCAAGUCGUUCAAUUUCGUCAAUUCAAGAAUCGCACAAUUGAUCGAUACGUCGAAGCAAUAGAUGACUCCAUUAGAAGUACUCUUCCUGUACCAGAAGAAUUCUCCAAGGCUCUUUUCACCAUCGAUAUUGGCCAAAACGAUCUAUCGGCUGGAUUUCGAAAAAUGACGAACGACCAAUUUCGAAAAGCGAUUCCUGAUAUCAUCAAUGAGUUUGCAACCGCUGUUGAAGAUUUAUAUAAAGAAGGAGCAAGGGCAUUUUGGGUACACAACACUGGGCCCAUUGGGUGCAUUCCGGUGGCAAUUCGCAGCGUUUCCAAUCCCAAGGAGGGAGAUUUGGAUCGAAACGGCUGCGUUAAGGAACAAAACGACGCCGCUUUGGAGUUCAAUAGACAGCUUAAAGAACGGGUGGUUAAGUUAAGAGCAAAUCUGUUAGAUGCCUCUCUUGUUUACGUGGAUGUGUAUGCAGCUAAGAUCAAACUCAUAGCUAAUGCAAAGGAAGAAGGAUUUAUGGAGAAGGGAGCAAUAUGUUGUGGAUAUCACGAAGGCCUUAACCAUGUGUGGUGUGGGAACAGAAAAACCAUAAAUGGUAGCGAAGUGUAUGCUGGAUCUUGUGAAGAUCCUUCAAAAUUCAUCAGUUGGGAUGGAGUCCACUAUACUGAAGCUGCAAACCAAUGGAUUGCUAAUCAAAUUGUUAAAGGCUCAUUUUCCGACCCCCAAGUUCCCAUCAUGCACGCUUGUCGUUGAUUUUCUAUUGUUUCAUCGAGUUUUCACAGCUAUGAUCUAUUGACACACUUAUAACAUCUCCUUUACAACGUAUACACGUUUGAAAGAAGUUUUGUUGAUAGCAAAUUAACUUGUAGAGAUGUUAAUAUAUUAUAUUAGUUGUGUGUUUAAACUUUUAUUUGUAUUUGAAUUAUAAUAUUUACUAAUUUGAUAAUUAGAACGAACAAAACUGAAAUUAACCCA